GUGAUUAUGUGAUUGUGGAUCCUAUUGAAGAAGGAGAGAAGGUGAAGGCAGAGAUAAACUUCAUACUCUACAAAGAUCACAUUCAGUUUUUGCAGAAACAGCAGUGUUGGCCUGAAGGUUUUACAGUGGAGAAAUCACAAGACGAGCCAAGCAAGAAGCCGGAAAAAGAAAAGUUGGAAGAGAAAGAGGAGGAGGGGAGCGACUCUGACGAAGACGACAGUGACCUUUUUGUAAACACCAACCGCUGUAACUUCCAGUACAGCGAGAGUGAAGAAGAUGAGGACAGUGAGGAGGAGGAGGAGGAGAAAAGGACGGACAAUGUCUCUUGA